UUAUCUACCAUUGUGCUUUUGUGUUCAUAUUAAGUAGCAAUAAUGAACAACUUAAGAUGAAGUCCAAAAUCCUGUAAUCAGUUGAGCUCAAUGGGGCUACUCAAGUACAUAAGUUAUACAUCUGCAUAAGUGAUUGCAGAAUUGGGGUUUUAGGCCAUGGUUAUACUAGCGAGCUUACAGCGGCACAGCUGUACCGAUGCAACUGCACUGCUGUAAGAUCACUUGUGUAGCUAUGUAAGUGGGAGAAGCUCUUCUGCCGACCUAGCAUUGUGCAUGCUACCACUUAUGCCGGCGAAACUUGUUUCACACUCCUAAGUGGUAGUGAAAACAUGGCCUUAGUUGAAUCUACCUCAUGUUAAUACGCUCACUUUUAAAACACUCCUGAAGACAGUAUAUUGGUUUUAAUGGUGUUAGUUUAUUGCUGUCUAAAGCAGUUAUUGAGGUUUCAAAUGACAACAUCAAGCUGCUUUUCCAUAAUAAAAAAAGAAAUCAGCAGUUCUGCUGUUGUAACAACUGAUUCAAAGCAAAAUCUUUUCUAAAUACACCCUUGUUUGGGGUAUAGGGGACUGAUAAGAGAUGUAAGUAGAUCCUUGGGCCUGCAGAGAAGUCAGUGUAGCUUUAAUGCCAUAGACUUUGCAAUUAGAAGGAAAAAAGAACUUAGAGAGAACUCAAAACAAACCUGUCAUAAAUGUGUGUCCCUUUCAACUCCUAGAAUUCAGUCACUGUAAUGCAGUAGCUAAAUGAUCCGAGUCUAGUGUUUGUAUUACUCUCUAUGUUGGUAUCUGUUAGAACACACACAGAUUAUUGAAAAUUUGGAAGAAAUUAGAGUAAAGAAUGCUAUGAAUUUAUUCCAUAAUUAGUAAUGCUGUUUGUGCCCAUUAUUUAACAGGCAUUUUAACCUUCAUCUGAGAGAGAGAAAUCUUGAAUUUUGGAAAUGAAGGAGUAUCCUAUUUAAAGUUUUCAUAUAAUAGCAUGGCUGUGAUGUGUAGCUCUGAAGUUUGGAGCUAAGACUGAUUGAUAUCUAGUUAUGCUAUGGAAUUGAAAUAAGAAAAUCUUUAUUAUAUAUUGUCUGGCAUACUUGGAGUCCAGAACAGCUUCUUGGCUAAUCUUCUACUUUUAAUUAUGUGUAAUUGUUAGUCCUAUUUCAGGGAGUAUUUUUUUCAUAUCAGUAAUUAUAAUCUGCAGUAUAUUAUUCAGUUUCCUUCAUGGGAGUAGAAGGAAGAUAUUGUUUUGGAUUUGUAUUUAAAAUUAGUAUUUUCUUUGUUCUGUUUGCCCCCCAUCUCCCCUCUCUUUUUUUUUUUUUUUCCUGGACUGAUAAUUUGAGAGGAUAUAAUAGGUUUUAACGUCAAGCUGGUGGUCCUGUUUUCUUCUGAUCUGUGCAUCACAUGCAAGAAAAGAUUCUUGUAAAUAAGAUGUAUUACGCUUUAGAGUUGAGGAUCCUUAUCAAGAGACUGUUUCUUUUAUUAAGAAUAACUGGAUUCCUACAGUACCAGCAUGGAAGUAGUUUUGCACUAUCGACCAUUUCAGAAUGACCUCACAAAAUUGCAGAAACUUGUGGAAGAAAUACUGAAGGAGUUUCCUGUUCAGCAACUACCAAGAUUUGUUCCCUGGUUUCCAAAUGAUUCACACAAACUUCCCCUCAAGCCGAAAAGACAACCACCUAUUAUUUCUGGUGAGAAAGCAGAAGAAGUGAAACAGCUUGUUGCAGCUUCAGAACCUUUUAUUGGGCAACAUUAUGACUGCACAGUAGACCUUCUGGAGUUUCAGUCUAAUUUGAAAACUGGUCAAAGUUUAAUCCAGGCACAAACUGUGCAUGCACAAAUUCAUUCAAGCAAUCUGGAAGUACAACCAGCAAAUGAAAAACCAAAAUUGAGAAGGUCUUGGAGUAUCUCUGUCCCUAGUCCUAAACUUAAAGAAAAAAUUCUUCCUUUAUCUAGAGAACUGCAGAGUAAUUUAGAAAGACUGAAGCUACAUGCAUUUUAUAGAGCAAAGUGGACAAUUGAGCAAUCUAUUUGUAAUAAUCAAACUCUAGAGGACAUUUGGAUAAAACUGAACACAAUGAUCAAACACAAUGAAUUGCCAACUUGCAAUGCUACAAUCCAGAGAUGUGUGGACCAGAUAUGGGUUUUCUGUGACAUAUUAUACAGUGAAUAUGUUGGCAAUCUUCUUAGAGAGAGAUUAAAUCUUACUGGGAGAAUGAACUUGCUUGUACAUAAAUAUGGAAUAAUAUUUAGUUUGUAACUUUAAAACCGAAGGAAAUAGUAAUAUUACUGUCUGGAAUAUUAGGUUUUGUUUUU